AUGCCGGAUUGGCGAUACAACGUGCUGUCCACGAGCGAGGCGUUCCUCGGUGCUGAUGGGCCGCCGCGGGACCCGCUAGCUGCCAGCUACCCGCGCCGCGCAGACCGCACUCGACCUCUAAACACCUGUCCAUAUACAACUAUCUUUCUCGGAACGCGAUCGCACUUUCCCUACCGCUUGCCUGCGUUACACAGUGACUCCGGUGACCCAUACGCAGAUGCCUUCUCGGUCGAUCGCUCCUCAAAUUUAACGGACACAUCGAGCUUCGCACGCUAUGAGGACUGUCGUCCACAGAUAGACGAUGCGCUCUCAGAAGAGAACGAACAAGGUUACUCCGACGAAAAAACCUCAGAGGGAAACAUAUCAUUACAAGUCCAAAAAGUGCCAUUUACAUCCAGCGUAUUUUAUAUCUCAGCAAAAACGGAAUCUCUGCAUAAAGAUGUGCAGGGAAAUAAUCUGUUCUUGGUGGAAGCAUCUGAUUCAGAUGCUUUGUCAUCCUGCACAUGCGAUAGUUUUGAGCGCUGUGAAUUCGAUUGCAGAGAUUUUGAGCCUUUCUCUGAUACAUGCUGCUGCGACCCUCUUAGCGAUGGAGUGUGCAGUCGCAGCCCAAAAGUAGUUGAAUCUCCCGAAGAUUUUUGUGAAAAAACGGUCGAGGAAGAUGGUGCUUCAGCGCGAAGUGAUAUGGAUGGUCUUGAUUUGACUUUGUUCGAACCGGCACAAGUGGAAUCGAAUGAAUGUGAAGAUAGUUUUGCUGAACGGAACUCAGUGGCAGCGGCUCUGUGCGGUAUACUCUACAUAUUACCGGAGUCUGGCAAUGAUGGGGCGCUAGGAGCUCAAAGUGGUGCGGCAGUGGGUGUACCACCCUGCUGGGAACCCUUCUAUUGCGUGUUGCAGCAGGACCGUCGCACCCUUACCGCCUACACCAGCGAAGAGCUUGCUACCUCGACCAACAAUGGAGAAUACUCAACACGAAGUUUGCCUCGAGUCAGAAUAGACGCUGGAUCAAACGCAGCUAAUGCGGGAGUAAGAUUACGUUGCUGGGCGGCACCGCCUUCCAUUACCGAGGAAGAAGCUGAAGACGACAUAGAAGAGGACGCAGUAUCGUUACGAGCAGUGCCAGAUCAAGAAAACGUUUCUGUUGUGCAGGAAGCAGUUGCUAAACGCGAAGAUAUUUUUGAAAUGUACCCAGAAAAUCAAUAUACAGGAACUUAA